UAAAUAAUCACCGUUCCAUGCAUCGUUCGUUGCAAGUUUCACGUUGAUGAAAUAAUUUUGAUUAGUCUGAGGUAUCCGAACGACGCUAAUCAUUCCAAAGCAUGGCUAAGCAUCAUCCAGAUUUGAUAUUUUGUAGGAAACAGCCGGGCGUCGCUAUUGGUCGAUUGUGUGAAAAAUGUGAUGGAAAAUGUGUAAUUUGCGACUCGUAUGUGAGGCCUUGUACACUGGUACGUAUUUGUGACGAAUGUAAUUACGGAUCUUACCAAGGACGUUGCGUUAUUUGCGGAGGACCCGGUGUAUCUGAUGCGUAUUACUGCAAAGAAUGUACGAUUCAAGAAAAAGACAGAGACGGGUGCCCGAAAAUUGUAAACCUGGGAAGUUCGAAGACGGAUCUAUUCUACGAAAGGAAAAAGUAUGGAUUUAAACGACGAUAGAUGUAAUUAUUUGCAUAAAUAUCUACUGCAAAAUCUUGGUAUCUGUAAGUUAUGAUGUAUGAAAUGAGAAUGAAUGAGAAUGAAACAUUGCGUUCUAUGUUUUUAUAAUAAACGAUUGAAUUAAAUUCAUACACCUGUAUUUCAUUUUCCUUCUUGCUUAUCACUAAGCGGCGAUAGGCAAGAUUAUUUAACUGAAUCCUAAUUAAAUUUUCCCUCUGUCAAUCCUGUGCAGAGAUUUGGAUUUACGCAAGGGAUAAUUAGAAAAUUAAAAACUAUCGUGAAAAGUUAUAUUUGAUUUUUAUUUAAAUAUAGCUCUAUUCAUUUGUCAUCAACAUUAUUCUACGGAUAAAUAAUGUUUUGUUCAUUUUCUUUACAAUUUGUUUUUGUCCUUGUACAUUAUAUUUGCACACAACGUACUAAAAGUUUUUUAAUGUACGUUUAAACCACAUACAUAAAGAAAUAACGUUAGAAGAAUAAUGCACGUAGAUCAAACAAUGUUUAUUAACACGGAUGUCAAACUUUGGCACGUAAUUUUGAGGGCAGGAUUUUUGUUAAAGAAAAACUUGUUUCUCACCUUUUCACAAUUACUAUAUGAGAGAACCUCUGUAAAGGGUUUUUUCCAAAAGACUGUAC